CGCGACCAGAAACUCGGUGGUCACUUCGCCUUCUUCCUCCGCAAGAAAAGGAAAAGGAAAAGGAAAGUUGAGUCGGCUUCCUCUCCGGCCGUCCUCAGUACCGCCGAUUAGCACGCGGUGGAGCCGGUGCGACGACUCUUUUCCCUUCGGCCGGUGAUCUUCCUGCCUGUCACCAGAUGGAGGAAUGCAAGACGAUGUCCAUCUGUACCGCAGUUGCGGCUCAAGGGACACAUGUGUUUGAUAUCAUGGGUUACAGCAAGCAUAGGGGCAUGGGCAACGACGAAGACAGCCACAUACUGUCUGGAAUUUUCACUGUAGGCGGGUACGACUGGGCCAUCCGCUUCUAUCCUGAUGGGCACGGCAGCGCAUGCCCUAAUCACAUCACAGUUUUUCUCGAGCUUUUGAGCAAUAGCGCAAAAGUCCGGGCGUCCUGCGACCUGAGGCUGGUGGACCAGUGCACCGGAUUAUCGUCUUCGGUGCAUAAAACAGGGCCUAGGAUUUUUAACUCUGACGAUGUCAGUAAGUUUGCUCCACAAUUUGCUGGUUUCAAAAGGCGAAGCGAGAUUGAGGAAUCUGCAUACCUUCGGUUUGAUCGCCUGACGAUCGAAUGUAUCAUCACUGUUUUCAAGAAGCCACAUGUUACUCAAGCCAAUCCGGUCCCCCAAAUCCCCAAAAUCGACAUGCCACCAUCUGACAUGGCCGAGAAUGUUGGCAGGCUGCUGGAAGAAAGAGAAGGGUUUGAUGUCCGUUUCAUUGUUGGAGGAGAGACCAUUGAAGCUCAUAGGUUUGUGCUCGCUAUGCGGUCGCCUGUUCUUAAAGCUGAGCUCUAUGGUCCGAUGAGGGAGGCGAGGCCGGGGCAGUGCAUUACCAUCAAGGACAUGCAGCCUGCCGUCUUCAGGGCCCUGCUCCAUUUUAUCUACACUGAUUCUUUGCCUGGCCGUGAGGAUCGUGAGGGAGAUGAUGAUACUGAGAUGGCCCGGCUUCUACUAGUGGCCGCGGACAGAUAUGCCAUGGAGAGGCUCAAGAUGAUUUGCCAAAGCAUUCUUUGCGAGAAUCUGAAUGCGGAAACCGUGUCAACCACAUUGGCUUUAGCUGACCAACAUAACUGCGUCAAGCUUAAGGAUGCUUGCCUUGAAUUUAUCAAAAUAUCAAAUGACAAUGUGAUGGAUGCCGUGGUGGCAACCCAAGGCUUCAAGGAUCUGAAUGUCACUUGCCCAUCUCUCAUAGCGGAAGCAUUGGAGAAGAGAAGGAAGUCUUGUCAGGCUUAAGCAGCUACAUUAGUAGAUUUGCUACCAAUUUGUCGUAAGAAUGAUGAGCCUAGUGUUAGAUGAAUCUAAGAACAGCGUGGAAGUUGUCCUAUAGCAACCGGCCGAAAACUCUUUCUUUUGUUUUUGGUUUAUCGGCUUUGCUAACUAUAUUUGGAGCGCUUCUCUGCAACCACGUAACACUUGCUCUUUAUCUUCUGCAAAAAAAU